UGGGGUCUCCGGGCGACUCGCUGGCGCUCCGCACUCGGACGAGGCGCCGCCAGAGGCGUUUUCUCGGGACCCGCCGAGGUGUGUGUGUGUGCUCCUUCCGACCACGGCUCUUCGUUGUUCGGACUUCGUAAUUUAACCGUGUUUUGCACUUUCCUUCAGUUUUAGAUUUUUGUUUUUCAUAUCUCUCUCUCUCGGCGAUUCGUGCCGCGGGAAAGUGAUCGUGCUACUCAACGGUUUACGUAAUUCAGUUAGCCGGACGCUGUUGUUCGCGCGCGCGCUUGACGCAUUCCUGCGGUGCGCUCUUUUGGAUUGGUACACCGAGCAACGGCUGUCGCCACCGUGGCUCUUCUCGCACCACUGCGUGUCCCGGAAUAGAACGUGGUUGUUGGUGGUGACGCCGCCUUGGAGGCGUGAUUUGGAAAGCGCAACUCGCCCCCGUGACUGGGGUCACCGGGAGCUACGAGAUUCGGCGCCGGAUGACACUGAAGCUGUUAUAUUAAUUGGUUGCCCUGUAAUGGAAGUCACCGAGACGCAGCGCAUUUGCCUCAAGUCAAUAAGGUGUUCAUCGUUGUCGUGGACCCGAUGUGUGACACCACCGGUGCGGCAGUUCCACCAAAUGUAACGUGUCGGUGUUACACGUCGGCGUUUUCAGUGUGUUUAGCACGCCAUGGCACUUGCAGAACCUUACCGACCGUCAGCCAGUCAACGUGAGCGUCAACUUUACUGCCGUCUCAAGACCAUGUGCGCUUUUGCUGCAGUGCCACCUUGACAGAGCUAACACAAAGCAAUAGGAAGGAAGCGGAAUCUGUGCCGCGGAGCUGAUCACAACUGCGAAAGACAUUACUAAUGACUAAAACUAACGAUUAGAAAGCAAGGCAAAACAGAUUGACGAAAACAAUCGAAAGCCGUCAUGUGCCUGAAAUCGGGGAUUCGUACUUGUCUCGUGGUGUCGCUGCUGGUGUUGGCUUCGACGGCGGGCGCGGCCGACGCAACACCGACCUCUACAAGUCGUCCCAGCCCCCGUGUGGUGCGGACAAAGUAUGGCCAAUUGCGGGGCAAGAUCAUCACCCUGGGAUCUCGGUUCGGCACCCACCUGCCUCCCGUCGAGGCGUUCAUGGGUGUGCCGUACGUGAGCCCGCCGCUGGGCACGCUGCGCUUCAUGCCUCCCGUCAACUCUCCGCACUGGGACGAUGUGCGUGCCGCGGAUACGCCGGGCCCCGCGUGCCCGCAGCGGCUGCCGGAGUUCCUGCGCAAUGAGUCGUCCCCGGCCGCGGUUCGCAUGCCGCCCGGCCGUCUAGAGCAGCUGCGGCGGUUGGCGCGAACCGCCUUGCUCAACACCAGCGAGGACUGCCUGCAUCUCAACAUCUACACUCCAGCGUCAGUGGCGCGAGACCCCACCAAACUUCCGGUCAUCAUGUUCAUCCACGGCGAGUCAUACGAAUGGAACUCUGGGAACGCUUACGAUGGCUCCGUGCUUGCCAGCUACGGAAACGUGGUCGUUGUCACCAUCAACUACAGGCUCGGCAUUCUCGGCUUCCUGCCUGCAAUGGACGGAGCCUCUCGGGCCAAUAACGGGCUUCUGGACCAAAUAGCCGCACUUCAUUGGAUCCACGAGAACAUCGACGUGUUUGGAGGAGACCACCGGAACGUCACAAUACUCGGGCAUGGCCAUGGAGCGGCAUGCGUUAACUUCCUCAUGAUGUCACCUAUGGCCAAAGACAACGGACUGUUCCAGCGCGCCGUGAUGAUGUCCGGCUCGGCGCUGAGCCCGUGGGCCAUCGCUCGGGAUGCGGUACGCUACGCGCGCCAGGUGGGUCGAGCGCUAGGAUGCCCGGAGUCCGGCACCGGCGCCGCGCUCGGAGACUGCUUGCGUCACCGGCCCGUGCGCGAGCUGGUCGACGUGCCCCUCGCCGUGCCCGAACACCUCUCGGCGUUCGGUCCCACCGUGGACGGCACCGUGGUUCCCGGCGAGCCACGCCACGAAAUGGCCUCACCGCGUUCCUCGUACGCUGACUACGAUCUCCUGUUCGGCGUAGUGCGCUUCGAGGCAUAUUUCUUGUUCACCGCUUACGAGGAGAAGCACGGCUUCGAGGUUGACCGGAGAGACCGUCUUCUGCGCACGCUAGUGCGCAACCUCUACAGCUUCCAUCAGCAGGAGAUCUUUCUGACGGUCGUCAACGAGUACACGGACUGGACCCGGUCGGUGCAGCACCCGGCCAGCAUUCUCGAAGAGACGGCGGAGGCGCUCAGCGACGCGCUCGUAGUGGCGCCCGUCGUUGAAGCCGGCACGCUUCACGCGGCAGCCGGGGCCGCUCGCAAGGCAGCUAAACAGCAGCAGGGAGGUGGCAACAAGGUCGGCGGUCGCGUGCCGACGACACACUUCUACCUGUUCGGCUACCACUCGGACGAGUCGUCAUUUGCCCAAAAGAACGGCUGCGUGCACGGUGAAGACCUGCCGUACGUGCUUGGCCUACCUAUGCUGGGCUCGGGUGCGCCGCUCUACGGAAACUACAGCAAGCAGGAGGCCACGCUCUCCGAAACCACCAUGGCCUACUGGGUGCGCUUCUUCCGGACAGGUUCACCAAACUUCACUACCACGGAAACGGAAUCCGAGCGCAGCAAAGGUGGCCGUGGUGAAAAAGUCGGCUGGCCUGCCUAUGAUCCAGUGCAUCAAAAGUACCUCACUUUGGGCACCAAGCCCAAGGUGCGCGACCACUACCACGCGCACCGGCUGUCGGUGUGGACGCAGCUGAUCCCCAAACUUCACCGCGCGGGUGGAGGCGACGUGCCCCGGUCCCACCACUUGCUCGAGGACUUCGAAGACGUGGCCUCGUACGACGGCGUGGUGCGCGAGGUGCCGCCUCCGCCACCUCCCAUGUCGCCUUCGCCCACGCCCACCCUGCCACACUCCACCAUAGACUCUAAUUCGGGCGGUGGCGGGCCGCUCACCACCAGUGGAGGAGCGCGUGCUGGAAAAGGGGCACAGGAUGGUGGCCGUGGCGGCGUCACAACUCCCGGUGACCCGAGCCAGACGGAGGCCAUGGCCAUGCCCCAGGGCGGCUACUCUACGGCGCUGGGUGUCACCAUCGCUGUGGGCUGCUCGCUUCUCAUUCUCAACGUGCUCAUCUUCGCCGGCGUCUACUACCAGCGGGACAAGGCGGGCCGGGCCACCGACAAGGCUAAGAAGAGGCCGUUCGAGCCUCCGCGCCUGGGUGACGAGCUGGGCCGAGGGUCCCCGCCGUCGCAGCCGGCCUCCAUCCUGGCCGGCAGUGGCACGCUCAAGCGACCACCUCCGGCGUCGCCGUGCGCCGGAGGCUGCGAGCACCUGGACUACCAGAGCACGCCCGCGGUCGUCACCGGCUGCCUAGCUGUCGCGCCACCCAAGGUGCCUCCGAAGCCGAACAGCCUCCUCCCGUCGGACCAUCCGGAAGCCCAGCCCUUGCUCCCGCUGUCGGCGUCCGCGCGGGUUCUAUCACCAGGCGCGCACGCCACGCUUCUGAGGCAUCACCAGCAUCAGCAGCAGCAGCAUCAACAGCAGCAGCAACAACAGACACAGCAGGUCCCGGGCCACAACACUCAGGAGCUGUGCGUUGGUUUCCGGGACCGGAGGGAAGAGACAACGGUCUAGCAUCGGUGUUGGUGGCGCGGUGGCCUUCCGGGCGCAGACUGUGGCGAGGAGUUGAGCUGGGCACCAGCGGCUCUAGAGAAACAAUAACCGACUGACUCGGCCGAACACUCCCACUUGGCUUUCCCGCGCCACCGGCGCGAGGGGGUCUUGAGCCGCGGAAUAGGACUCACGCCCCAUCCAUACAUUCUUCUUUCGCCUUCGAGGAAACAGUAGAACUCUCAGAGAAAAGUGUGACGGUGGAGGCGGGAGCAACUUUUUUUUUUUUUUUUUGCCCACUAUGCUUCCUCCCUCUCGAAGACUACCGCCGCCGCUAGACUGCGUACUACGAGUGCACCGUCACUGUUGUGGUUGCGGCGGUCAGACGUGUUGUGCGUGUACGCGCGCGCGCGCGCGUGUGUGUGUGUUUGUGUGCGAUUACCAUUCGACGUGUCUCGCGCUGGAGUGCGUUGUGUGCUCUUCCUGUUUGGCUCGACCGACGCGCGUGUGUUCCGGCUGUGUGCAGAGUGUGCGCGCUCUGUUACGUGGUUCUUCCGAGACCAACGACGGAAGAAGGUGGCUGCUAAUGAGCCGCUGUGAUGGGCAUACGGCUUUGCCACCGAACACUUCCUUGUAAUGGUUUCCUGCUUUGUUUUAGUGACGAUGUGCGUUGUUUUUUUUUUCCUCCUCUUUCGGAACGCUGCUUUUGCGGCCUGUGUGCGCAGGUUGCUGACAGGACCGUGCACCACCUCUCGUUUAUCGUUCCUUUUUGUCUUCCCUGUGCGUCUGCCAGCCACACAAAACGCUGCGGAAACCAUGGACAGAAGGGUGCCCUAAGAGACCGGAUCACAAGCCCGCUAACGUUGCUUUUUUUCUCCUUUUGUUACACUUAAGCGGCGACGUGACUGCCGUUCCUGCAAAGUAUGAUGGUUGCUUUUAUACCACCGCUCACAUUACGUGCUUCGUGGGCCUGACAGCCCGUGAAUCUACAGAAAUAUGUGUGAGAAGGAAAACAUUGCUGGUCACCCUUUCAACCUCUUCAGAGAUUGAGAAUGUGAGAUAACAAAAGAUAGAUAUAGGCUGCCCUCCUUCCACCAUCAUUUUUUUUGUCGUUCCAGAGUUGAAGACUCUACGGUAUCUCAGGGGUCGCGAGCGGUACCACGGGUUUGUGUAGUGUGUGAGAGACUUGUGACGGCCAUGUUCAAAUAAAUAAAUAAAGCGCCAUGCCCGGAUUGACAUUUAGGUUGUUAAUUGAUUCAGUUACACGUUGUUGAGAGAUAGUUACUACAAUAACAGAGUGGAUGGAUCUCACGCACUUCUGCAUCUAACUUUCUUCUCUGAAUCUUCGCUGAGAAACUUUGGUGAGAAGAGGAAAACGAACUAUUGAAAAUAGAGCGCACUUUCAAGAGGUGCAAGCCGUGUGACUUAGGUGGUACGAGAGAAGACGUGUACACAGAACCUUGUUAAUCUGUAGAAUAUGCCAGUCGCCCUCUUUUAUAUCAUCUUUAAAAUCAAUUUACGCUCAUGCGUCCAUACAAAACAUGUCUAUCGAAGUACCUCGUUUGAAGAAUUCUCGUAAUUUUACAGUACCUUCUGGUGAAAGCAACGUUGCAAAUUUCGUCUCAAUAUGGCCUUCUUUUUUCUUUGGUGUUUUGAAAACUUCUUGAUGGAAAAAUUUUCCCUCUGAGUACCUGCGUCGCCUCCUAAUUUGCAGACACAUCCUGCCUUAUGUGUUAGAUUUGUACAUAAUUUACUGGAAUACUGAAGUAACUGGAAGAUCAAUAUGCUUGUAGGUACAUGAUACUGGUCACAUGAGUGCUGUUUGUUCACUUCGCCUUUAUCGAUCACAAAUAGAAACUGAUGGUUUUACUUAUGAAACACAAAGAACAUAACACACUAGACGCCAAAAUAAGAUUGAUGCUGCAUUAACUUAUCAUGUUUUGUGUUCGUAAUCGGCAUGGAGUACCGAAUGUCACCAAUAAAGCACCCUUUCUUGCA